AUGGAUUUCGUCUACAGCUUUGGUGUGCUGGUUAUACAGCACCUGCAGUCGAACUACCAGGAAUAUCAUGACUUCCUCAACUUCAUGUCAACAGUGGGGGACCCUCGCAAUAUUUUCUCAGUUUAUUUCCCCCUCUGGUUCCAUCUCAGUCAUAAUGUUGGCACCAAGAUGAUAUGGGUGGCUGUCAUUGGAGACUGGUUUAAUCUCAUUUUCAAAUGGAUUCUGUUUGGACAGCGGCCUUAUUGGUGGGUGCAAGAAACUCAGUUCUACCACAAUGACUCAAUACCUCAUUUGGAGCAGUUUCACAUAACAUGUGAAACAGGGCCAGGUAGUCCAUCUGGUCAUGCCAUGGGCUCAUCGUGUGUGUGGUAUGUGAUGAUCACCUCUGCUCUACAUUUUGCUCGACCCUCCAGUGUCUCGUCUGUCUGGAAUUUUCAAAGGUUUCGUCUUCUGAGGUCCUGCUUGUGGAUGGCCUUUUGGGUCAUUCAGAUAAGUGUUUGCAUCUCAAGGGUUUUCAUCGCAACACAUUUCCCACAUCAGGUCAUCCUGGGUCUUUUCACUGGUAUGCUGGUUGCUGAGGUGUUGGAUCACAUCCCCUCAGUCUACAAUGCAAGCUUGAAAGUGUAUCUGCAGGCCAAUGUUUUUCUUUUAUCUUUGGCCGUUUGCUUCUACCUGCUGCUCAGACUGAUGGGCACCGAUCCUCUGUGGUCAGUCGCUAAAGCAAAGAAAUGGUGUGCUAACCCAGACUGGAUCCACCUGGACACCACACCGUUUGCUGGUCUGGUAAGAAACCUGGGAGCCCUGUUCGGUCUCGGCCUGGCGCUGAACUCUGAGAUGUUCGUUCAGAGCUGUAAGGGCAAGAAUGGCUACAAAACCGCAUUUAAACUGAUGUGUGUGACUGCAACUCUCACAUUUCUGCAGCUGUAUGAUUUUAUCAAAAUGCCAACUCACACCGAGGCGCUGUUUUACAUUCUGUCAUUUUGCAAAAGUGCUUCAAUACCUCUUGGUGUGGUCGCUGUCAUCCCUUACUGUGUUCAUUUGCUGAUCAGAGACGAGGAGCGGAAGCUGGCUUAG